UUGACAAGCAUGGGCUUCGAUAUCGAGAGCCAAAGUGACCCGGUACAGUGGCAGUAUAUGCCGCUGGAAGACACUGAAUCGAACGCCUGUCAGUAUGGCAGUGGUACUUGUUAUAGGGCAGGUGACAUCCGGGCAAACGCGCUUCCCCAACUGACGGUCAUGCACACAUUGUGGAUGAGGGAACACAACCGUUUGGCCAAACUUCUGUCACAAGUCAACCCGCACUGGAACGACGAACGUAUUUUUCAGGAGGCCAGGAAAAUCGUUACAGCUUCCAUACAGCACAUCACUUACGCUGAGUGGCUGCCAGCGCUGCUCGGGGAAAACUACACCAAGCGGAACGGGCUUGAACCGUCGACAAAAGGCUACAGUAACGCGUACAACGAGACCACCGACCCGAGCGUCAGCAACAGCUUUGCGACCGCAGUAUUACCAUUCGCUAAUUCCAUGAUUAGCGACACCAUAAGGUGUAAACCUCAUUUAAUUAUAUUAUUAUUAUUAUCGUGUAUUUGUAGGUUAUUUCUGGUUGAUGGUUUGAUAAAUAACUAUGAACAAGUCUAG